UGCAUGUAAACAUUGGUAGAACUCCAGAAUCUGGAAAAAGGUUGUGACAUGCCAUAGUGAAUCACUCAUCAUUUGAGCAUUUUGAGAAUCUCAAUCCAGACCAGCUGAAAUGGAAUCUGAAGAGCAGGAGUCCUUACUGCCUCGAUCUAGAGAACCACCACCACCAGACAGGUUUAAUGCUGUUUUCAUUGUAUUCUACUUUAUUGGCAUUGGGUCAUUGCUUCCCUGGAAUUUCUUUAUUACUGCAAACAAGUAUUUCCAAUACAAACUCAGGAAUACUUCUCUACCAUGGGAUGAUGGAUUUUUUAAAACUGAUCUUCAGUUCAACUUUGAAAGCUCAAUUACCAUUGCAUCAACUGUGCCAAAUGUUUUGUUUAAUGUCAUCACAGCCAUUUUGGCAGCCAGAAUUCCACUGAAAGGGAGAAUGGUGUUUUCUAAUGUUACAGUUGUAGUUAUAUUUAUGAUUACUCUAGCGUUGGUGAAAAUUAAUACUGACCACUGGCAAACAAUUUUUUAUUCCAUAACUUUAUUGUCAGUGGUCAUUCUCAGUGCUGCCAGCUCUGUGUAUAUGGCUUCUAUGUUUGGCUUAGGAGGAAUGUUUCCUAUCAAAUACAUGCAAGCUAUUAUGAGUGGACAGGCUGUUGGAGGAGUAUUUGCAGCUGUGGCCAAUAUAUUAUCAAUAGCACUCAGCCGGUCAGAUGAAAGAGAUAGUGCAUUUGUUUUCUUUACUAUAGCAACAGUGACAAGUCUUAUAGCUCUAGUGGGAUACCUCACUCUCUAUACAAAUGAUUUCUCAAGAUAUUACAUAUAUCAUCAAGGGGAGCGGGAGAUACAUGUAAGUGCACCUGAAGAAACUGAUGAUGAUGCAGUAGUUUUGAGUAAGGAAAGCAGUGUUCAAAAUACCGAUACAGACACCAGAUCACCUUAUCGUGUUGUUUUUGGAAAGAUCUGGCUGGACAGUUUAGGAGCUGGCUCUGUGUUUUUUGUCUCCCUGACAUGUUUUCCUGCCUUAGCUUCAGCUAUUGUAUCCACUCUUGAUGUCUCCAGUGUCUGGAAAGAUCAGUAUUUUACUGCAGUUGUGUGUUUCCUUCUGUUCAACAUGGGAGACUGGUGUGGGAGGGCAACAGCUGGAGCAAUAAGAUGGCCAAGUGAAAACCAUAGAAAGAAAAUUCUCCUUAUUUGUGCCAUAAGGAUUGUCUACAUACCACUCAUCAUGUUCUGCAAUAUUGAGCCUAGGAAGAAUAAAGAUUGGACAUUGUUUAAGAGUGAUUUUGCCCCCUUGGUGUUCAUUCUGACUCUUGGACUUACCAAUGGAUAUUUCUCCACAUUGUGUAUGAUGUAUGGGCCAAAGAGGGUAGAAAGUAAAUAUGCAGAAUAUGCAGGGACAUUUAUGUCUGUUGCCUUGACAACAGGAUUGGCUGCUGGAUCGCUUUUAGGCUUUUUCCUGAUUAGGAUAGUGUAAUUCCAGUCAGCUCAAAGACAAACAGCAAAUCUGUCAAAAAUUUUCUUAUUAACCCUUUUUUUUUCUCUUUUUUUUUUAUGAACUAUCUCAUACUUAGAAGGAUAAAAAAAUCUCUUUAACCUGGACAUUUGAUCAUGUAUUCUACUGGCUGUGAAUCUCCAAAUAAUGGAUCUUUUGGAAAUAUUAUUGAUAUUUGUCUUGUGCAUUUGUAUAAAGUGUGUAAAGGAAUGAUUAUAAUUUUAAGCAUUUAUUUUUGCAUGGAGUUAAAUUUUAAUUUUUUUUUUAAU